AUGUCUGCUGAGGGCAUAUACAUGAAAGUUGAAGGUGUUUUUCAAAAGGUUUGUGGCGCAUUAGUGCUUGUUCCAGCAGACACACUAGCUUCUAACUGGCUAGGUCAGUUUAAAGAAGGUGUUGGCUUUGCUUUUAAAAAUUGCCGAAUGUGUGAAAUAGCUGCAGUAGAUGUUAAAAACAGGCUUGUAGACCAUAAUUUACAAUUACGAACAGAUGAAAGUCAUAAAGGUAGAUGCACAGCACUCUUAUCAUUGUCCGCAGGUGCCCGAAAGUAUUGGAGUAAAAUGUGGGGGAUAAAUGGAAGUAGUUGUCUAUUAGAUUUGUCCAACUUUUCCAUUACUACUUGCCUUGUUCAAGAUCCCAUGCACAUUUUACUUGAGGGUAUAGUUCCGGGUGACCUAUCUUGUCUUCUUUACUACCUUGUCCACACAAAAAAGUUGAUAACACUACAGUGGCUCAACAGCAAGCUUAAAGCAUUUCCUUAUUCUUACUUACAUGCAAGUUGUAAGCCUGAGACUACAUUUUCUAAAUCAAGUUUAGAUGAGAGCACCACUGUAAAACAGUCUUCUUCAUCAAUGCUUACUCUGUGUCAGAUAUUGCCGCUUAUUCUUGGACCUAAAGUUCCAGAAAAUGACCAACACUGGAUGAACUUUCUUAGGCUUACUCAAGUCCUUCUAUUGUGUACUAGUUCAUAUUGCCAUAGAGAAACUCCAACAAUUUUACGGGUUAUUCUUGGCAUUUACCUAUCAACAAGCAAAGAAUUGUAUCCAAAAUCUUCAUUCAUUCCCAAAAAACAUUUUGCAACUCAUUUCCCUAGGCAAAUGUUGUUGUUUGGACCAUUGCGACAUCACUGGUGUAUGCGUUUUGAGGGAAAGCAUGGCUUCUUCAAAAACAAAAAACUUAAAAAUUUCAAGAAUAUUCCCUAUUCACUUAGUAAACAUCAUCAACUCUACAUGUGUUUGCAACAGUCUGGUUCACUUAGUGAAAGAUCAAACAAUUUCUUGUAUGAUGGAGAUGUAGUUGCAGAUGGUGAAGAGUUUGAUUUUGCAUCCAAGUAUCCUGAAAUGAGAGAAGAAUUGAAUUAUCUCUGUUCAAUAAAUGCAGAGGAACAAUGUAUAUUGUACAGGACAAAUUCUGUUACUAUUCAUGGAUUACAGUAUCAAGUUGGUUGUUGCAUAGUUACUGAUUACAUUGAUGAUACUCCAGAGUUUGGUAUUCUAAGAGAUAUUGUCAUAGUCAAGAAAGAAAAAUUUUUUGUUCUUGAACAAACACAGUCCCCAGCUUUUUUCAAUCAGCACAUUCUCCAUUACACUUUGUAUCAAACUGGAAUUUUGAAGAUUAGACCAUUUAAUGCUCUCAAAUUUAAAUGGCCUUUAAGUCUAUACAGGUAUGAGGGAAUGCUUGUAGUAAUGAACAGAAACAGUCAUACUUGUGAAAUAUUUUAA